AUGGUGAGUAAGGAAUCCAGCAAAUGCUUACUCACAACCUCAGAAAGUGAAGUUGAGCCAGCAGCUUCACUUGCUUUGGAGAUGAAAUAUGCAUUGGAUCCCAAUCGACAGAUUAAGAAAAGAAACAAAGCCCUUCAGGUGAGAUUUAAAGAUAUCUGCGAGGCCCAGAAUGAACAAAGGGACAAACAACUAUCAACAGUACAGCAUGCAGACAAAAGAGAAACAAAGCCCAUCUCUUAUAAAGCAGCUUAUCGUAAAUAUAUGACAGUGCCUGCACGAAGGUCAAUACCUAAUGUUACUAAGAGCACAGGAGUUCAGACCUCACCAGAUCUUAAAAAGUGUUACCAGACAUUCCCUUUGGACCGCAAAAAAGGGAAUAUUAUUAAAAGCGUCUCAGCUGUUGACACCUUUAAGAGUCAAAACAAUGGAUUUUUAAUAAAUAUUAAGGAUGAAGAUAGUAAAAACUCAGGGGAGGCUGCUCAUUGUAGCAAGGUCAGUGACCUAAAGACAGCAGAGUUUAUUUCCCAUACUAAUGAACGCAUGAAUGCAGUAGAUCAGCCUUCUAGUGACAACUGUUCAGAGGCAUGUAAAAGCACUGAUUCGCACAGCUGUACUAAAGAACCUCCUUCUCUUCAAAACUCAGCAGACUCUACUUCAGAAGAGCCUGAUUACCAGCUGCAUGAUAACGCAAAACAUGAUACAGUGCCUCUGGAUAAUGAGGAAUCUAAUCAAUCAGCACAUGGGAAAGUGUUUAAGACGGAAGUAGCUACAAUUUAUUUACCUGCAUCCAGUUCACAUGCCACACAGCCUGACCCGCAAAACUCUGCAGCAGAGACUGAAUGGUCACUAUGCCCAGCAACAGAUGAGGAAAAAAAGAGAACUGUGCAUCUUAAUGGUCUGCAAUCCCAGGCAGUAAAUGCUCAGGCCUGCUCAACACAGGCACAGUGCCAAUCAGCCGAAUGUAAUGAACAGACCCUUCAGAUAAAUGUUUCACCUAUGGAAGAAAACCAGCCUUGUCAGACAGCAGUUGCUGUGAGUGAAGAAUGCCAACAAAUUGUGCCUCACACAGAAGUGGUAGACUUGAAAGCACAGCUUCAGAUGAUGGAGAAUUUGAUCAGCUCAAGCCAGGAAACCAUAAAAGUGCUGUUGGGUGUCAUUCAGGAGUUAGAAAAAGGAGAAGCUCAUAGAGAAGGGCUUUCAUAUCGGACUGGUCAAGACACAGCUAAUUGUGACACAUGCAGGAACAGUGCAUGUAUUAUCUAUAGUGUGGAGUUGGAUUUUAAACAGCAGGAAGACAAACUACAGCCGGUUCUGAGAAAACUUCACCCUAUUGAGGAAACUCAGGUUGCACCUUUGCCUUAUUCUCAGGAGAGUUACUCAACUCCCAAACAAAAAUCCAAAACUGAAUCAAAAAAGCACGGAAGAUGGAAACUCUGGUUUCUUUAA